UACCGCGCGUCGAGGUCUCCCCCCGCAAUCGCGCCGGGUUCUGCAGCAGCGCCGCCGCCGUUGCCAUACGCGGAGAUCAGCGGGCAACUCACGGUCACGGCGACGUGCGCUGCUUAGGCCAAGAGCCGGCGACAGCACCCGGGGCACAUCUUCCGAGCUGAAACCGUGCAGUGUGAGCCGCGGCAAAGCUCGCAGGGGACUCUCCGCUGAACCGCGAUCAGCCCCGUCCGCUCCGCGAGCGACGGCUGCCGAGCUCUCCCACCCCAGCUGAGCGCCAGCGAGGAAGGGGCGCAGCAAAGGGCCAGACGCGCCUGCCCUAAAGGAACGCCUCGCAGCCGCGUCGCCAGCAUCAUGAACUGACGGGCCCUCAAAGCCGGAGUCCCGCCAGCCCAGCCAUGGAGAAGGCAGGCUCGCUGCAUGCCUCGGUGCCCACGCCGCCGACGCGCCUCUACCUGCCGCGCAACUUCAGCUGCAGCGCCUGCCUCUACGGCAGCUUGGCCGAUCAAUGCAAGGGAGGCUGCAGUCCCGAACCCGAGGCGGUGGAAGCGCCGACCCCGUCGCCGUCCUCCCCGCCACCUCCAUCUCCGCCUGUGACUCGCGAGGCGGCGGCAGGCGCAAAGAAGCCGUCUGCGCUGCCCCCUUCUCGCUCCCCAUCGCCGUCUCCGACCUCCCCGCCGCCUCCCUCGCUGUCUUCCCGCGGCAGGGAACCCACCUUGCCGCCGGUGCCUCCCAGCCCGACUCUCCGCCGGCGGGCCAAGUCUCUCCCGACGCCCGGCGAGCGCGGCUUAAGGCCGGCCCUGCAGCAAAGCCCGUCGCGCCGCAAGACGGUGCGCUUCGCCGACUCGCUGGGCCUGGAGCUCAUCGCCGUGCGCCACUUCUGCCAGGCCGAUGUGCCGCGGGUACCCGCGCCGCUGGCGGCGUCUCCUUUCGCCCGCGGCGCCGCCGCCGCCGACCUGCUCAAGACGCGGAAGCCGCCGGCGCUGGGCGAGCUGGAGCCGGUGCUCUUCGGGCCGCCGGCGCCCGUGCUGGAGCCCCUCUUCCCGCCGCAGCCCGGCUCCAGCGCCGGCUUCGGGGAGCGCGUCCGAGAGCAGAAGGUGAAGCUCGAGUGGGUGCGGCCGGAGGCGGUGGGCUUGCGCGGCGCCGUGCGCGUCCUCAACCUGGCCUACGAGAAAAGCGUCUCGGUGCGCUACACGCUCAACCGCUGGGCCAGCUGCAACGAGGUGCCGGCCACCUACCUGCCGCCGCCUCCGGCCGGCCACGCUGGCGACGGCCUUACCGACCGCUUCGCCUUCCACCUGCCCGUGGGCGAAGGCACCACGCUGCUCGAGUUCGCCGUGCGCUACUGCGUGGCCGACACCGAAUACUGGGACAACAACGACGGCCACAACUACAAGCUGCGCGGUAGGCAGCGGCCGGCGGCGGCGCCCGGUCAGGAGCCCGAUGCUGGCGGCGCCUGGAUCCACUUCAUCUGACCAGCGCGAAGGAGGAGGCGCGUGUCCCCACGCCCACGUUCGCCGCCGUCCGAGCCUACCGCUCGAGGGUCCCUCUUUCCCAGCUUUGCAGCACCUCUCCUCCGGGAUACAGCGGCGAAGAGCAGCAGGCUCCCGUCCCUCGACGUCUAUGGCAACAGGACGGUUUCUUGGGGAUGGGACGGAUGGUAGGACGUGAGGACCGAGGAAGAAGUGGAGUCUGCCGUUAAAUGCGAGGGAGGGGGAGUCUUGUAUGUUAUGCCCAUUCCCCGGGUUUUUUCAUUAUGGCCAAUGGAUGUGGAAAACAAAGAGCUCCCUUCCAGCUUAAUCUUCACUGGAUUUACAAUAGGUAACAGUCCGGUUGUGUUUGUUUUUUCUGUGGUCACUUUUACCUGAUCCUCUCCAAUGACCAGAGGUGUAGUUGUGCGGGGUCAGGGGUCUUAGACCCUUUCCUUUUUUGGGAGCAGGGUCCCAGCAGGAUCCCUAUGUCUCCAGCAUCCUAUGAACCAAUCAGCAUGAAAGGGGAGUGUGUUAGCCACUGAGAAGAAUCUUCUAACAUGCUUCCUUGUCCUUUCCUGCCCAGAGUGAAAGAUGGUGAGUCAACCACAGAGAAGAUUCUUCUCAGUGCUAACACUUUCCUCUUUCAUGCUUAUUGGCUCCUAGGCAUUAACAAGGAUCUCUCUCAAUCCAACAGCAAAACAAGCGGUGAGAGGGCAUGGCUGUGAUUAACAUGAAGAGACUCUGCACUUCUGAAUUUGCCACUACCAUACUGCCAGUGACCUUUGACUUGCCCUCUAACCAGCCUUGAUCAAAUCUCUCCUUUUGCAACUAGGCUUGCAAUUCAAAAUAUAUACUUAACAAGAAGUCAGUCCCAUUAUAACUCCAACUUAGUUUUCACUGGGGGUAGUAUGUGUAUGAUGCAGUGCUCCUCAGAUGUAAAUAAAUAUAAAUGAAAUUUCCUUCACAAUGAACAUUAAUGUGUCACGGAGAAGAGGAGGGUGCAGCCGCCUCCCACAUGGUAGUUUUUAUGUAAAAAAAAAACACUGGAGGAGUCUUCCAUCAUGUAAGCCCCUCCUGCAGUUUGAGGUGGUUCAUCCCAGACACAGGUUGACACCCUCAGUGAGGAGCAGGUGCCAUACAUAAUUUAAAUAGUGAGCUUGCUGUAGCUCAACUGCUGUAUUUCAUUUACCCCAAAUCAGGGAGAACCAGUCUGUGACUUAACAGGAGAAGCUGGCUGUGCACAGUGCUGAUUGGCUGAAAGCUAGUGACAUCACUAAUCCUCAUUCCCUGAAGUUUUUAUCAAGAAAAAGAAACCAAAUUACUCCUUUAAAAAAAGAGAAAUUAAUGUAUGUUUAAUUGAAUAAAUGUACAUGCUGCAUCUUUAAAAAGAUGUCAAACAGCCUGUCUGAAGCAUGGGGAAGGGCAAGUCAGACGACUGAAUCAGUACAAUUAAUAUGUCUGGAUCUUUGUGGAGAUGGGCUAGAGCCAGGCUCAAGCUGCCUGUAGGGGUGGACAUAGGAUAUCCUGAUCUGCAUGACUGCCAAACUUCCUAGUUAAAUGUGUUUAGGGCUGGCUGUAAGGAUAACUUUAGUUCACCAUUAUAUAAGAAGAAGCUGUUUGAAUCCAGCCUCUAGGGAUGUGAUCUGAUCAUUCCAAGAGUUUAUCAGACCUCAGUGCUGCUCUUCUGUUCCAUUGAGGGUUUUGCAUGUAUGCACUUGAGAGAUUAUCAAGUGAGGCUUCUUUCAAGAGCAGGGAAGACCUGGCUUCCUCAAGUCCCUCAGCUUUUCCUCCUCAAGCAGGUCUGGACUACAAGACCUCGUCUACUCUUCUCACGGGUAAUUUUUCCUCUGCUGUUCUUCACUUACCAUGUCUUGAGUUGUGAGAUGUUCCAUAUUUAUACACCACCAUAUGAUAUUUUCAAAAUUAUGUGUUUCCAAGGACUGGGAAGACUGAGUGGGUGCCCUUGGAAAUGCCCCAGCAACCUUUGCAACCAAGCGAUGGCUCCCUAGCAGAUGCUGCAUGAUUCCACGUGACAUGAGACAUGUCCUAUUGGAAAGCUUUCCCUGAAGGUGGAAUGCUUGAAAACCACUGGUUUAGCAGGUAUCUGAAGUUUCUUUCUGUAUAUGCUUUUAAUUUUAUUUUUUGUCUUUGUAAGCUUACUGCCAGCAUAAAAAUGUAGCUUUAUGAAAUGUGCCAUGUUUUCUGAAAUGUGCAAUAUGUCGCCUAGUUCCUUUCAUCAGUACAGUAAUAAAACUCCCAACAAAUACAGCACUCAGGUAACGGCUCUAACUGCUCUUUUUUAAACUAAAUGUAAUGCCAUCCCAUGAGUAUUGUUUUUAAAUGAGUGAUUAAAAUGUACAGGUCCCUCUCAGCCUCGCUAUAUAAGUUACGCUAUUUAGCAUUGGCUACCUUUUUCAUGUAUAGCUGGCAGGCUAUGUAAAAAUGGUUUAAGGACUGCUACGUUUGCCCCCACGGGCUAGUUAUCAAAAGAAUAACUGUUCAGUUGAUAAACUACUACAUGAACAAAUGUGGGUUCAUGCAUAACAUAGUUCUUUUACCAGCCAGCUGAAGCAUGGGUUGAUGAGGCUUGUGGCAAAAAUCUGCUAAAUUUAUACCCUCCUAGAAAAAGAAGUUACUCUGAAGUAAAUUCAGAUUGUCUUAGGUGCCUUUCAAGGAUAAUCACUACAGCAUUGGACAUGUUCCUUAAAUGCUUUUCUUAAUUCUACAGAAUGUUUUUAUGGCUUCAGGAUGAAUUUAUGUCAUAAACACAGAAAAUGUAUUAGCCAUUUCCUAGCACACACUGUCAGAACAAUGUCCUUGGGACAUUUAACUCAGUGUUUUCAAAAACCAGAUGGGCUUUUUAACAUUUCCUUUUAUUGCAGUGAAAGGUGUAGCAGUGUGAAAUGUCUCUUUGUGCCUCUCUGUAAACCACAUUCAUAUUAAAUCUAGAAAAUUAUAAUAUGACCAUAGAUCAUAGUAUAAUAUAUAUUUUGCACAAUUCUUAUGCAGAUGUAAUUCUAUACACAAACGUGUGUGUGUAAUCAAAUCUUAGUUUUUUAUGGGGUUGUUUCUGCGCAGAAUUUAUCUGACAAAUAUGUGUUGCUCUUAUGCUGCAUUGGCACUCCUGGAUGGAUAUUUUGUGUGUGUGUGCAUUUUAAGCACUCGCAUAAAAAGGAACUUCUGAAGGACUUUGCUUUUACAUUUUUAAUUAAUAUGCACGGCUCUUAAGCAAAACUUGAAUACACUUGUGUUGUAUAUAUAGCUUGUGUGCAACCUUUGUGUUGUGUGAAUGGCUGAAUCUCAAGUCCGUUCAUCAUAUAGCUCACUGCAAACAUGGUAGCUGUGCUCUUGUCCUUAUUGGCCCUUUCAGGAAAAAAAUAUUGUUAGCUUAACUUUCUGUCAAGAGUUCACUUCACAAAACUAUAAAGAAUGAGCAUUGUCUUGUCAUUGACUAAACGUUAGCAUGCAAAAUGAGUAAAUAUACUUAGAAGAGUGAUAUAUACACUAGCAAUUCCAAAGAGCGUAGGUAAUCAUUUUUCCAUUCACAUGUGAUUUGUGCAACUUUAAAAUGCCUGGGCUUUGUUCUAGUUAAAUGCAACCCCCAAAAUGUACCAUUUUCAAAAAUAAAAACAUACCUUUACCAAGGAUUUUUUCUAUGCAAUAAUCUGCUCACCUUUUGUGUUUCAUUAAAGAAGAAGAGAACUUGAAAAGAACAUGACCCAAUUGCAACGAAGACUACAACCUUGUGCGUGCAUACUUGGGAAUAAGUUCCACAGAGCUCAGACUUACUCCUAAGUAAAUAUGCAUACAGUCGUGCUGCAAGUUUUGUUGUUCAGGGUGUAUUUUAUAUUUCUUCCACUGAACCUGAUAAGAUGUUAAGUGUUUCUGUGUUGAAAUCCCAUACAGUAAAGAGUCCAGAAAUCUCAAUAGCAGCUCAGUCGAUACUCAAGCAGACACCAUUGGGGUGACAUGGAAAGCAGAAUAACUUUUCAGGAAAGUUAAAUAUGAUCCUUUAUACAAUGCACAAUGCAUUGCUUUUAUCAGGAUGUUUGCCUUUUUGAUCAUAUGGAUUUAUAGUGCUAUUCUCUCUGUGUGUGUCUACUGUGGAUAGUGCUAAUGCUAGGCAAAAAAAAAAUCUAGCAAUCAUCCACUGUUGUAGCAAUGAUGAAAAUUACUGAUUUUAAUAUCCAAUACUUUUAUAUUCGACAAAGGGUUUUUAGUUGUUGUUUACUUCAUCCAAGCAGGCUCAGUCAUGUAAGGUUACAAAGGUGUGCUCAGUAUAGAUAGCUAAGGUUGUAAUCCUAUACCCACUUACCUGCCUGCCGAUAAGCCUCAUUGAGCUCAGUGGGACUUCUUUCUGAGUACACGUGUAUAGGAUUCCACUGUAAUUUUUUCUGAUUAAGGCUGCAACCUUGUGCAUACACAUCCUAGUGAACUUAGUUGGUCAUUAGUUGAGUGUACAUCCACAGGCUUAGAUCACAGAGCUUUGUUUUAUUUCCAUAUGCACAGUAAUUCAGCUCUGGGAUUGAGGACCUAUGUUGUACCUUUUGAAACCACACUUAUAUAGUUUAAAUUGUUUCUCUCACUAGUCACUAACUGUAAUCCUAUACAUGCCUUCUUAGAAGUAAGUCCUGUUGAGUUCAAUGGGGCUUACUCCCGGAUAAGUGUGAACAGGAAUGCUUGCUAAGAGUGCAGUCCUACAGCUCCGAUCAUUUCAGUGGGACUUCCACAGAAAAACCUCUGGGUGGGUUGUGCCCACAUUACUAGCACUUGGAGAAAAGAACUUCAUCACAACACAUACCUGUUGUGAUAAUACUUUUUGUUAUUUAUUUCCACGCAUCUUGUCUUUAUUCAAAAGUUAACUCUUAACUGCUGGAUGUGAACUGUAAUGUUUGUACUACUGAUGUUAUUUUGUUUGUAGUUUUUUCUGGUUUGUGGUUGGUUUGUUUUUUGGUAAAAAUUAUGUCAUGUCAUUUGAUAUUAAUGCCUUCUACUCUUUCUGAAGCCAGUGAAUACAGAUGUGAUAUAUCUUGCCUUAUGACAACAUUACAUAUCGUGUCUAUCUAAAGUGUUAUCCAGUCACUGGUUAUACUACUAUGGUGAAAAAUAUGUUUAUAAAUGUGUAAUUACUAAUUGUCAUUAAACUUAA